AUGUCCACCCAGACCCUCGAAGGGUUCUCUGAGGAGAUCCUCAACCUCACCCACACCCUCACCAAGCUCAUCAGGGACGCCGGCCUGUCGCAGCCUUCUUUCGACGCCAACGCCCCCAACAGCUACCCCGUUGGCAAGGAGUAUGAGCAGAUCCACCGCACCCGCAAGGCUCUCGUCGAUGCCACUCAGGCGAUGCAGGACUUGGCUGCUGGUCCCUUUGACCACAUCACCAAGUAUGCUGAUGUCAUCAAGCAUGACCUGGGUGCCUUGAAGGUCAUCACCGAGUUCAACAUCCCAGAGCUCGUUCCUCUCGAAGGCGAUAUCUCCUUCGCCGACAUCGCCAAGUCCCUCGGCCUGCCAGAGUACCGCAUCCACCGCAUCAUCCGCCACUGCAUGACCUUCCGCGUGUUCCGCGAGUCCCGCCCCGGCUACGUCGCCCACACUGCUCCCUCUGCUCAAUUCCUCAAGACGCCUCUCCUCCGUGACUGGUACACCUUUAACCUCGACGAGGUCUGGCCAGCGGAUGUCCAGCUCGCCGAGGCUCUCCGCCGCUACGGCGACAGCGAGGAGCCUGGUGAGUGCGCCAUUGGUCUUGCGUACAAGUUCGACCAGGACAAGACCUACUGGGACUUUAUCGCCAACGAUGGCGAGGGUGCCGACAAGGGCUGGAGGAUGAAGCGUUUCGCCAAUGCAAUGAAGGUCAUUGCAGCUAGCUCUGCUCAUCACCAUGACUUCCUGCACACUGCCUUUGACUGGAACAGCCUUGGCAAUGGUGGCAAAGUUGUUGAUGUGGGCGGCAGUGGUGGGCAUGUCUCCAUCGAGCUCGCAAAGGCCUUCCCCAACCUCAACUUCGUCGUCCAAGAUUUCCCCCAACUCGAAAAGACCUUCAACACCAACGUCCCCAGCGACCUCACCUCCCGCGUCAAGUUCGAGCCGCACGACAUCCUCAAGCCCGAGAUCCGCAACGACGGCGACGUCUACCUCGUGCGCUCCAUCCUGCACGACUGGUCGGACAAGUACGCCGUCAAGAUCCUGGCCAACUUGGUCCCAGGUCUCCGGGACGGCGCUCGUGUCAUCAUCGCCGACUUCAUCAUGCCAGAGUCUGGCCAGGGUCCUAACUGGAUCGAGCGUAUGGCGACUGGCAAGUCCAUGCAGAUGAUGACUGUCGUCAACGCCAAGGAGAGGACUGAGCAGGACUGGAUCGAUGUGACCAAGAGGGCUGACCCAAGAUAUGAGGUUGAGUCGAUUGUCACUCCUCCUGGUGCUGCCACUUCGGUGUUUGUGUUCAAGUUCAACGCAAAGGCAUAG